AUGGAGCAGGAAUAUUUGUCAUUAAUGGUCGCAAAUUCAUUGUUAAUGGUUGCAAAUUCCCUUGAAACUCUUCAGAAUCUUACGUAUUUGAAUCUUUCGAAUAACAAGUUGUCCGAGGUGGGAAAUAAUUUAUCUGGAGGGAUUCCAAGGUUCUUGGAGGCAUUUGAUUGGGAAUAUGCUAAUCUAUCUUUUAACAAUUUUGAAGGCUCUCCACCAACUGAAAGAGUCUUUAAGAAUGCAAGUGCCACAUUUGUCAUUGGAAACGAGAUGCUCUGUGGAGGAAUUCCUGAAUUUCAUCUCCCUAAGUGCAUCUCUAAAAACUCCAAGAGCAAGCGGCAGGGUAUACUCGUGAAUGGAACGGUUGUCGCUGUGAAAGUGCUGAAUUCAAUACGCCGUGAUGCAUUCAAGAGUUUCAUGGCUGAAUGCGAGGCUCUAAAGCAGAUUAGACACUGCAAUCUUUUUAAAAUCAUAUCAGUAUGCUCAAGCAUUGAUUAUUACGGUAAUGAUUUUAAGGCUUUAGUCUACGAGUUCAUGGUUAAUGGAAGCCUUGAAGAGUGGUUGCACCACCAUCAAGAACCGACCGAAGCAGAUGGGCCUUCAAAAAUUUUUAGCCUCCUCCGCAGGAUAAAGAUUGCCAUCGACAUUGCUUCUGCAUUGGAUUAUCUUCACAACCACUGUCACAGCCAAAUUAUUCAUUGUGAUCUAAAGCCAAGCAAUGUUCUCUUAGAUGAUGAGAUGGAUGGACAUGUUGUUGACUUUGGAUUGGCAAAAGAUACACCUGACACCAACUCAAGGAUAAGCUCAGCUGGUCUAAGAGGAGCAGUUAUGCUGCUCCAGGGAAGAGAGAACUAUGCAGGCCAUAGCGGAGACAACACAGUUCAAGAGUGUCUGGUAAUGGUCUAUGGAAUUGGAAUUGGCUGCUCAGUUGGAGUACGCAGAGAGAGAAUAAGCAUCACAGAAGCUGAAACAAACUUCAUGCAGCUGGUUUACAAGGAUAGGAUCGAUGGUUUCUGCAUCUUCCAACCGUAA